AUGUUCCACCCCCGCGAAAACGGGGUGCAGUACUGUAUCACUUUCGAAUUCGCGUCGUUGCCCCCACUCCGUUCGCACUCCGUCCAAUGGCUCAGGUCUCGCUUCGCCUUCACCUUCGCCACCUCGACGCUUCUACUCGCGUCGGUUGCCUCGGCCGCCGACGAGUGCUCGUCCAGUGUAAGCGAGACCAUCGUUGCAACUAUCGACAACAGCACGUACUACGACACUUGCGCAGUGGAGGACGAGGGUGUGACGUUCAACGUCUCCACGCUCUUCGACGUGCUCAACUUCACGGACUCCGAGUUCCUCAUGUUUUGCAACUCAUCGACGUGCCUUGGGCCUGUGCACGAGAUGAUUCACUCGAUCCCGUCCGACUGCCUCAUCCUAGGUCAAGGCACUACAUGA